GUGCCGGUCCGGCGGCGCGGGCCGGGGUCGCCGCGGGCUGCCCGGAGGGGGGCGGAGCAGGAGCUGCGCGAGCCGCCGCGCUCGUGCGCGGGCUGGCCGGUAGGGGCCGUUGCCACCCCCCGCAGGGGGAGGGGGGGCGGAGCCGGGCGCGGCGCGAGGCCGGGUCGAGCGGCGGCGGCGCUUCUCCUCUCCCAGCCGGCGGCGGCGGCGGCCAUGGCGGCCGUCCUGUCCCCGCGCCUCUGCGAUAGCGACCCAGCUACGCCCAGCGCACAAUCCUUGAAGGAUGACACAGAAGAAAAUUCCAAUGAUGGCAGCCAGCCAUCCAAAAGACGACGUAUGGGCUCAGGAGACAGUUCUCGGAGCUGUGAAACUUCUAGUCAAGACCUCGGAUACAGCUAUUUUCCUGCUGAAAACUUGAUAGAAUACAAGUGGCCACCAGAUGAAACAGGAGAAUAUUAUAUGCUUCAGGAGCAAGUCAGUGAAUAUUUGGGUGUGACUUCCUUUAAAAGAAAAUAUCCCGAUUUAGAAAGACGAGAUCUAUCUCACAAGGAGAAACUCUACCUCAGAGAACUAAAUGUUAUCACAGAGACUCAGUGCACACUAGGCUACUCCAGAGUCUGCACUGUGGACAAGAGCCAUAAAGAAACAAACAACACAAGAAACACCCUAUAAAUUUAUCUGAAUAAAUUCAUGUUUAUCAAAUAAUUUGUAUUAAACACAUUUGAAUAUUUAAUUUCAUGCCAUAAUUGACUGGCUAUGAAGAGACAUCAGGGAUCCAUAUUAUAAGCAUCUUCCUUGGUCCUUAACCCAAAAUGUUACAUCCUAACAGUCAUUCAAUGAAAAGAAGAAGAAAAAAAAAAGCAUAAAAAUAUAAUAAAGUAAAAUAAAAUAUCUAUCAGUUUCCGAGUUUCUUUAGUAUAAUUCUGACAUUCUUUUUCAGUAUAAAUGUCAAGUUUUACUUUCAGUCUUAGUAUGUUCUUGGGCUCAAAAGAUACAUCUACAUUAAAAUCUGAGUUUGGAUCUGAGGUGUGCUUUUGAAUAAUUUCUCUCCAUGGUCCCCAUGUGCCAUGCUUUGGUUCACAGCAUGGAGUGUUCAUUUCUAUCUGGCGCAUUUCUAUGGGAUGAAAAUAAACCACCGUACACACCCAAAGGGCAAGACUGACGCGCUGCUGCUGCUGAAUGUUUGGUCCCUGGGACCAGAGUAGGUCUAGUCCAGUGUAAAAGCCCCAAAGGCACAAAAUGUGGGUGGUGGGUCCCCAGCACCAGUUGCUCAAUCCACAAGCCCACUCCUAUCAUGACAAACCACUUCCUCCUAUAGGCUUAGUAACUGAUGUCUGGUAGCAUCGAGGCCAAUGAUACACGUGCAAAACGUUUUCUGUUAUCAGUUCCGAAAUUGCUACUUUUUCAAAUUGCUCACUCCUUUCUUGCUCCUGAAUUGUAACACAGGCCAAAUAGGCUUUCUAUUUGCUAGCUGUUUAUCAAAACCUGCCUUUACAAUACUUAUACCAUAUCACCUCCUUUCUACCUUUUUUUAAAGGUAAACUGUCCAGUAUUUUCAGUCUCUUCUCACAUGGGAAAUGUCACAUGUCCUUUUCCAUUCCUGUCACCUUUCCCUGAACUCUGUCUUGCUUUGCUGCAGGAUUCUUGUGAAACUUGGGAGUAUUGGGCGACCAGUCCUGCAUGUGUUAUUCCAAAUGUGAAUGCAUCAUCGAUUUACAUCAUUAAUUGCCUGCAUUUCGCACAUUAUUCUCCAUCCUGUUCCUUUUGCAGUCUAACAUCUUGCCUGACCAAUAAAUUAGAGCUGUGUUCUACAUCCAAAUGAUCACUGAGCCAUCCACAGUGGCACUCAGCUGCCUUUCCCAAACCACUACAGGUAAUUGAGGACCCUGUAAGGCAUAUGAGCAGAUCCAUUUUCUUCUCCCUCUUCAGUGUGCAACACUUUGUCUGAACAGAGCUGAACUUUGUCUGGUACCAUGUCAUCUAUUCAUCUAGUCGGAUUAGGUGCCUCUGAAGUUUCUAAUAGCCUUUUCAGAUUUUGA